AACAAUUCAUUCAUUGGUUCAUUCAUAUUUCAUUCAUCAUGUGGGGGUGAUCGUCGAAGUGGGGUAUUUGGGGCGUAUCUUACAAAAAUUAAAACCAUAAUUCGCAAUAUAUUAUGCUUUUUAAGAGACUAGUAAUCAAUAUCAGGCGACACAAUGGCUCAAUCUAAUUUCAGUGCGGUUGAUGAAUACGGGUUUGAGAGGCACGAGGACUUCGACUACGAGAGCUAUGAGGACUUCAUGUCGAAUUAUUUAAAAGUUUUAGCCACAAGGGCUCAGAAAUGGUCCACGCUGCUCGGCGAAGGAAAGUCGGUCAAACGCACCAACACUGUAAAAAGAUACGUUCGCAAAGGAGUACCCAGUGAACACCGGCCGUCAGUAUGGAUGGCAAUUUCUCAAGCGGAAAUGAUGAAAGAACAAUGUCCCGAUUUAUACCAAAAAAUACUAGAUGGCCCAUUUGAGAAGGAGCUGGUGGAUCUUGUGAAGACAGACCUUCCUCGCACCUUCCCGGACAACAUAUACUUUACUAAAGAGGCCAACCACCAGACACACUUGUUCAACAUACUUAUAGCUUACGCACACAACAACAGGGUCGUUGGAUACUGUCAGGGACUCAAUUAUAUUGCAGGUUUACUGCUACUGGCAACGAAAAGCGAGGAGACAUCAUUCUGGCUGCUAAAAGUGCUAGUUGAGAAGAUCUUGCCGGACUACUACACGCGGACAAUGGAUGGCCUCAUUGUAGACAUUGAGGUCCUGUCCGAACUAGUCAAAACCAAAGUGCCCGACGUGCACCAACAUGUUAUCAAUCUGGGGCUCCCAUGGGCAGUAAUAACAACGAAAUGGUUCGUCUGCCUAUUCGCCGAAGUACUACCCAUAGAGACAGUCCUGCGGAUAUGGGACUGUCUGUUCUACGAGGGCUCGAAGAUCUUGUUCCGGGUGUGUCUGACCCUGAUCAAGAACAACCGAGCUGAGAUAAUGUCCUGUAACGACUUCACCUCCCUGGCGGAGUGCUUCAAAGCAAUCGUGAAGAACGCCAGUGCGUUACACUGUCAUGAGUUUAUGCAGUCAAUCUUCAAAGUACCUGGCACACUCUCCAACGCAACUAUAAUCAAGCUGAGAGCGAGGUUCGCGAAGCAACGUCGCGAGCAACAACAGAAGGAGCCGCCGCGGUGAAUGCCCGGCGCCCGCGCUCCACCUGAUCUCAAUCCACAACCAAAUUGUACAUGUUACACCACUACUUAACAACUACUUAUAAAUGACAACAUAUAUUUUUGAUCUCUAUACUUUUUAACAACAAAUAAAUGAGGUCUCACCAUUCAAUUCACUGUCAUUAGGUUGCCCUGAGAUAUUAGAAAUUUUAUUCGAAAAAUUAGCAAUAAGCUAUUAAAUUAUUUACAUUGAUAGCUUGUUCAGUUAUUUUGAAGGCUUUUUUAUUACAUGGCGCUCGUUUUUAUCGCCGUUAUUAUGAAUCAAAAGUAUAUUUAUCUAGCUUGUUGCGAUUUUGUACAAACCUUACUAGUCUUUAUAGCGUUGCAUGUUUAGUGGGUCUUCAUUGGAACCAGCGAAGUACUGGGGUUACGGGGAGGACUUUUAUUUCCAGCAGUCAUGACAAUCUCCUGAGGCUAAUGUACCAUUACACUAUGUACAACGGUUGUAGUGUGCACCUAGCCUCGUAUGCAUAUUUGCAAUUGACUUUUGCUAAGUUACUAUUAAGUUAUAAUGUUGUUUCGCAUAUCAUUAAAGUAUUUUUCUAAUAGUA